GGAACUAAAACAUUUUUACUAGCGUUUCUACACGGACGUGCUUCUGCAUUGGGCCAGGCAUGCGUUGACAAGCACAUUGUUUCCGGUAUCUACCGUUUAGCCGUGUUUACUUUUUUCGCUGAUAAACACCCUCAUGUCUUCGCCGGAGGUAGUCCUGGGUUUCCUGGAGGACGCGGAGUCUUGGUGGCUUUGCUCCCCGCAGUUCCCCAGUAAAGUUGGGGGGAAACCGGCGUGGCUUUCCCUGCGAGGCCUGCCCUCACUGUCCGGACUGGAGUGUGAGACAUGUCGCCUGCCGAUGCUCUUUCUCCUGCAGGUCUACGCUCCAAUUCCAGGUCAAGACAGAAGUUUCCACAGAACCCUCUUUGUGUUCUGUUGUAAAAACCCCAAAUGUUACGUACGUAGUGACAGCUGCUGUAUGAAAGUAUUUAGAAGUCAGCUGCCUCGGAGGAAUGAGUUCUACUCCUACGAGCCGCCAGCAGAGACUGAAGCCCCGUGCGACUUUGAUCCAAACCAGAGUGUGCUGCCCACCUCUGGAGUUAAGCUGUGUUGGCUGUGCGGUUGCCCCGGCAACAAAGCUUGCUCUCGCUGCCACGCUGUCACAUACUGCGGGAAACACCACCAGACGCUCCACUGGAAGAACGCGCACAAGCAGGAGUGCUGCUGCGGUGGCCACAAAGAAACAUCGGCCUGCCCGUUUCUCUUCCCGCAGUUUGAGCUCUUAACAGAGCCUGAAGAGGAAAAGGAGGAUGAGGGGGAUGAAGUAGAUGAGGCCAUCAGUCAGACGGGUGCAGACUGUUCCGCCAUAGCAGAAACACUUGCAGAGACCGACCUGGAGGAGAUGGCCAUGCAUGAGACGGAGGAAGACCGGGUGUUCCAGCGCUUUAAAAGGAAGAUUGCACCGGAGCCUCAGCAAGUGUUGCGUUACAGUCGAGGCGGAUCCCCACUGUGGGUGUCUUUGCAUCACGUCCCUUUAGAUACAGACAUCCCAGCAUGCACCUGUGGCGCCAAAAGGACUUUUGAAUUCCAGGUGAUGCCCCAGCUGCUCAAUAGUCUGUGUGUGGACUCCACGGGAGACAGUAUCGACUGGGGGACUCUAGCAGUCUAUACCUGUUCUGUCAGCUGUAGCCAUGACGAUCAGUACUGCCUUGAGUUCAUUUGGAAGCAGGACUUCGGCUCAGGCUUGCCAAGUCAAAUUAAACAGCCAUAAAAGUAUAUUACGUACAGUGCCUUAUUUCCC